CCAAACAGAAAAGAUUAACUGCAGAGGCAGCUGAGAACUCCCACUAUAGACACAUCAAGGGGUGUGCAGUGCAGGGACAGGAAGAAACAAGGACUUCUGUCUCUGGGAUUUUUGCGGACCCGGGGUGCACUUUCGUAUGCCCUGCAACGCUUUUGCAGAGCCCGGGAUUUGUAGGGACCGAUUCUGGAGGCUUCAGGGACGCGGGGCUCUUUGCAAAUCCGGAUCAAGCCUCGGGGGCUAUGUCUUAAAUCGAAGCAGAUGAUGGCGAUGAGAAUGUGGCUCACGCUGGUAGCAGUGAUCCAGGUUGUUCUCACAUCUUCCUCGGAGGCUCAAACACAGAAAGCAACUUGCAGAAAUGUCUUUGCUGCUGAUAUUGUCUACCUCGUGGAUGGCUCCUCGAGUAUCGGAAGAGUCAACUUUGAAGAAGUUAAAGAUUUCAUUGAAGCAACCAUUCAACCAUUUGUAGAUGUAAUUAGUCAAAAUGCGGUUAGAGUUGGCCUGGUACAGUAUAGUGAUGACCCAAGGGUUGAGUUCUCUUUUGAGGACCACAGCAACGGAUCCCAAAUACUGACUGCCAUCCGCAAUUUGCGUUAUAAAGGUGGGAACACAAGAACAGGGGCAGGAUUGAAAUAUGUAGCAGACAACUUCUUUGGAUCUGCCAAACUGAGGCGCAUUGUGCCUAAGAUUGCUAUCUUGAUAACAGAUGGAAAAUCACAGGAUAAUGUUGAACGACCAGCCUUGAAGCUACGGAGCCAAGAUGUUAAAUUGUUUGCAGUUGGGAUUAAGAAUGCAGAUAAGAAGGAACUUGAUGACAUUACCUCGACACCUGCCAAGGAAUAUUCCUUUUUUGUGAAUGACUUUAAGAUCCUCCGGACUCUCACACCACUCAUUUCAAGGAGGGUUUGCUCCAUCACUGGGGGAGCCCUGGAUGCACCAGAGGUUACUCAAAUACCUAAUGGCCCCUCAAGUCUGAUCUUCAGCGAUGAGGGCUUUGAAUCAAUGCGAAUUCGAUGGACUGCAGCGCAUGGGCCUGUGAUGGGGUACAAAGUUCAGUACACUCCCCUCAGUGUUCUGGGCCUUCCAGUUUCUGCUGAACUCCAAGAGAUUACUGUCCGCUCAGGUGAAAACUCGGCUUUUUUACAAGGACUGAAGCCCGCAACUGAAUAUCUGGUCACAGUGAUUGCUCAGUAUGCAAACAGCAUUGGGGAAUCUACUGCAGGCAAGGGCAGGACAAAAACCCUCCCUGGAGUUUCAAAUUUCCGAGUGGCCAAAACUGGACACUUCAGGCUGAAAUUGGCAUGGAAACCGCCUGCACUUCCUCUGCAGGGAUACCGGCUAACCUACAAGAUGAGAGGAGACACAGACACACAGCUGGAGGAGAAGACCUUGAGAUCAAAUGCCAUCUCCUUCAUCCUCGAAGAGCUACUUCCAGACACAGAGUACGACAUUACCAUUCAUCCCAUCUACCCAAGGAAUACAGCAGAACCGACCUCAAUCUCUGGCAGGACUUUGUCUCUGGAAUCGGUGCAACAACUGACCGUUCAAAACGUAACUCCGCAGAGUGUGCAAGUGACAUGGAGAAGCGUGAGUGGAAUUUCAGGCUACCGACUGAAGUGGGGACCAUCUGCAGGAAGGGAUGUCCUGACAGUCAAUCUGGAACCAUCAACGGGAUUAUACCAUAUCCAAGGUCUUUUGCCAAAUACCGAUUAUACAAUAACAAUAACAACAUUGUAUGGAAGAAUGGAGGGGCCUCCUGCGAGUACCAGGGUGAAAACAGAUGUGGCAGGAGGGCUGCUUUUAAGGACGGCUGCGAUCAGUCCGACUGCUAUUCGUGUGACGUGGAACCUCCAACACGAUGCCAGUAACUACAGGAUAGAGUGGAGGAAGGCCACAGAGGAACAGAUGCAAUCUCACAAAACCGUGCUGGCUGCCACCACCAACAGCUAUGACAUUAUCAACCUCUCUCCUGGUACUGAAUAUGCCAUAACACUCUACACACUGUACAAUGGCAGAGAAGUAGCAACCCCAGCGACCAUGUCAAAGACAGUGGAAAAGGAAAUCCCACUGGGCACCAUCGCAAGUCUGAGAGCAGUGGAUACAACUCGAGGCCGGCUUCAGAUCAGCUGGACUGCAGUACCGGGAGCAACAGCUUAUAAAAUUGUCUGGAGAGAUCAAACAGGAUAUGAGAUAACCAGAAUUGUGUCACACGACGUAACAACAUUUGACAUUGACCGAGUGCAACAAGGGGCAACAUAUUACAUCAAUGUGUCACCACUUUCUGGAGGCAGAGAAGGAAAUCCUGUCAGCAUUGUGGUUCAGGCAGAUACAGCCAUUGAGCGUGUGACGGAGCUCCGUUCCCUUGAGACUCGGAAUAGUCUUAUCCGAAUAACGUGGCGAGGAGUGCCCCGGGCUACAGCGUACAAGGUCAUGUGGAAACACGCUGACGGAACUGAGGAGAGCAGAGUGCUGAGUAGCUCCAUCAACAUGUUUGAUGUGGAAGGUUUGCAGCCGAAUUCUGUGUACGUGAUUGGAGUUUCAGCAAUGGUGGGAAACAGAGAGGGGUCUCUCGCCACUGUCACAGUGAGAACUGAACCGCUCGUGGGUGGUGUGACGAAUCUGCGAGUAGUCGAAACACAGAGCUCACGGAUUCGAAUCAGCUGGGUCGGAUUUGCCACGGCAACAGCGUACAGGGUCACAUGGCGCCGUGCUGAUGGUGUCAAGGACAGUCGGAUUCUGAGCAGAGAUACCAGCGCUUUCGACAUUGAAGGGCUGCAGCCCAACACUGUGUAUGCGAUUGAGGUCUCGGGACUGGUUGGAUCCAGAGAGGGAAACGUCAUGACAGUGACUACAAAGACCAAUCCCAUUGUUGGCGAUGUGACCAAUGUGCGAGUGACUGAGACUCGACGGAACAUGCUCCAGAUCAUGUGGACGGGAAUAGGCAUGGUAUCUGCGUAUAAAAUCACAUGGAAAAGUGCUGAUGGUGAGCUUCUCUGGGAUUUGACCAUGUUCUGA